UGAGACCAAUGGCAGAUACCGAUGCUGAAUUGCGGCAUCUUGCAUUUCAACGCAAGAGACACUUCUUUCUUCGUGGCUAAGCGACGAUGAGGAAGGAAGCGAUCGGGUGUGUGUAUGUGGCGGUCAACGUCAUGUCUUUAGUUUUCGUAUGUGGUGCGAUCGAGUCUCCACAGUACACGGUGGUGCACCUGGAGUCCGAUUUCGAGAUCAGGCUCUACAGAGACUCCGUCUGGAUUUCUGCCCCCGCUCGGGACAUUUCCUUUGUAAAGGCUACCUGGAAUGGCUUCCACCGGUUGUUCCAGUACACGCAAGGUGCUAACCUCAACUUCUCUCGAAUUGCAAUGACUACUCCUGUCCUGACGAGCAUAGUCCCUGGAGCAGGUCCCCUUCACUCAUCGGCCUACUUUGUUCGUUUUUACUUGCCUGUAAAGUUUCAAGCUAAUCCACCACUCCCGCUUCCCCAACUGCAUAUCAAGCCCUGUAAAUGGGACAGUCACUGUGUUGCCGUCAGAAAGUUCUCUGGAUAUGCAAGGGAUGACAAUAUUGUAAAGGAGGCAGAAAAGCUCGACAUCAGCUUGAGCAGAUCUCCAUGGGCAAAUGCUACUUCUUCCAAGGGUUACUCAAUUGCCCAAUACAAUUCUCCCUUGCGUAUUUUUGGGCGUACAAAUGAGGUUUGGGUGGAUAUUGACGCGCCAAAAUUAGCAGGUUGUGAAUCGGUUGGCGUUGCAGCAUAUUGAAUUAUUGCAGAAAGCUUAAUUCCAUUUGCACGCCAGAUCAGGUAUAUCUGAGUGCCCAUAGGUUCCGCAUGCCUGUAUAUAUCAAUGUAAUUGCGCUAUAAAACCUAUAAUACACUGGCUUAUUUGUGUAAACUAUUGUAAAUGAAUCUAUAGCUAAGGUUCUUACUCGAUCCCUUUGUUGAAUGUAAAUGAGUAUUUUCAUUUA